AUGUCUGCCGAAGAGGGGAACAAGACCUUCAAGCUCACCGUGGCUACCGGCUGGGGCGACACCCAGAAAUGGACCAUUGACGUCUCGCCCACGGACACGCUGGCCGACGUGCUCACCAAGAUCACCGCUGCCGGCGGACGACGCCUGCCUCCCCUGUCUUCGUUCCUCGUCGCCGCCGGCGCACACGUCAGACUGGUAAGCGACCACGGGCGGCUGCCGGACCCCAGGCCCGAGGCCACGGUGGGCGAGAACGGCCUCAGCGCCAACACCGUCCUCCGCUGGCACAACGGCGCCUUCGACUGA